AUGUUGUUAUAUAAGAAAAGUAUUGGAAAGAUUGCUAUACAAGGAAGGAGAAAAUGUUGUUCUUGGUUUUAUUUUAGUUCUUAUAGAAGCAAUAAUAUAAUAUAUAAGGAAUAUGAAGAUUUUAUAAAUAUAGGUAAAAAAAAUCCGAAUCAAAUAAUAAGUAUGUUAAAUAGGUUGAGUAAAGAAAAACGGUGUGAUAUAGAAUUGAUUAAAAAUAUAACAAAUCAUAUAUAUGAUUUCAGUGAAGAUUACUUUUGUCCUCAACUAAUUGAAGUAUUAAAAAAUUAUGUUAAAUUAAAAUAUUCAGAUGAGACUUUACUUGGGAUAUUAUCUAAUCGUAUUGAUGAUUUGUUAAGUAUCAAAUCAUGUUUAAGAACAAAAGAUAUGAUUAAUAUUUAUAAACAAUUAAAUUUCCAUCAUCCUGUAGUUAAAGAUCCUUUACUUACAAAGUUUAAUGAUAAUAUAAAUAAUUAUAAAAAUGAAAUGGUAGAAAUAGUAAGAAAUUUAUCUUAUUUAUAUAUAGAUAAAGAUUUAUGUGAACAUAUUUUUAAUCAUAUAAUAAUAAAUUAUGAUUAUUAUCAUAAAGAUAUAUUUAGCAUCUUUGAAGGUGUCAGUAGAUUUGAUUAUAGCGAUAACCAAACAUUUAUACAACUUAUAUUAAAAAAAAAAAUAAAAGAAUUAGAAGAACAAAAUAUUUGUUGUAAUAUGAAAGACUUUUUUAAAUUUCUUAGUGCAUCUGAAAGGUUAGGUUUAAAUAACAAUACAUAUUUACAUAAUGAAUUUGAAAAAAAGAUUAAUCAUAUCAAAAAUAUUUCACCCAAUAAUAUUUCUUAUAUAUUAUUAUCAAUGCUUUCAACAAAAUAUAGAAAUGAUACAUUAUUUGAAUUAAUAAUUAUGAAUAUAGAAAAUUAUGUAAAUAACCAAAACGACAACAAUAAAUUAUUAAAUGAACAUAUAAACAAUAUAUAUUAUAAUCAAAUUUCUUCUGAUGAAUAUAAAAAUAAUGAAUCCAAAUUAAAUUUAUCUAACACAAUAAAUGGAAAUAAUAAUAAAUAUGUUUUAAAUAACAAAAGGGAUAUCAUUACCACUGAACAAAAUGAUUAUUAUAAUCUUUGUAAUAGUUAUAUAUUAAAUUAUUUACCUUUUCAUUUACUUCUUCUAAUUUUAUUAAAUUAUGACAAUACAAAUAUAUUAUUAUAUCUAUUAAAUAUAUGUAUAAAUGAAUAUACAUAUUUAUAUAAUACUUCUAAUUUGAUCAAAUUAUUAUAUUCCAAUACACUUCUUAUGUUACCAAGUAAAAUAGAAAAAUAUCAAGAUAAAGAAAAAGUUCAUCUGGAAAAAAAUGUAUUACACAUAUUUUCAGCUCUUCAAAAUGUAUAUCAAAGUUGUAAUAUAAAUGAUUAUAAAAUUUUACAUCAGUGCUAUUUAUUUCAUUUAAAUAAGAUACAAAAUAAUGAUACACUUAAACACGUCUAUAAAGAUUUUUUAAAUAAAGAAUGUUUUGCUACUUUACCAUCUUCAUAUUCAAAAUUGAACUUUGAAGAAAUGCAAGUAAUUAGAUAUGCCAGUAUGUCUUUUUUAAAAAAUAAAAAAGGUCAUAUCUCUUAUUAUUUGAAUAAAAAUGAUUUCUAUUCUUCCAAUCAUAAUAAUUAUGAUAAUGCAUUAUUAAGUGUGAAGUUUAAAGUGGAAUUAUUAAGGAAGUAUUUUGAUAAAGGUGAGUUCAACGUUGUAUAUAAUUCGGGCAAAAUGAAAAUUUAA